AGUAACUGUAAAAACUGUUGUAUAAUUAUUCAGUGCUCAGUCUAAAUUUAGAAUCCAGAUUCAGAAAUUCUGCUCUGAAUCAGUGACAGUAUAGGAGAAAACGACAUUGCUAAAAGUCACAUAUUUUUAGACCUACCAAGGAGUAACAUCAUUACAGCUGUGGACUUGAAGAUGUACGGUACAGCAUGUAGGUGGAUUUUUAUUCAAAUAGCUACACAAGUCUGCUUGUACCGACUUACGGAAUCUACAGAUCCACUGGAUAUAACAUUCUACUCAGGAUCACCAGACAGUUCAAAUGUCCGUGGAUACGCGCUUAAAGACAGCAAAACAACAGAUUUAUCAAUCGGUAUAUUAAACAAGAAUAACAAGGAAAAUGUAACCUGGACUGAUACUGGAUAUUCAGGAGAUGACAACACAGGGAGUGAAGUACGAAUGAACAUGCCAGAAAAUAAAAUAUUUGACACACCAAGCAAAAUAGCAUACAGGAUACAUGACAAUUUUGUUUAUCUCGGUGUUAAAAAUUUACAAAGCUCUCAAGCAGUCGGCGUGUUUUCAUUUGAAGCUACUAAGUCUACAGUGGUUACCAGGUCGGCAAUUGUUGUGACGUCAGUAUCAGCCAAUAUUAGAAUGCAGUUUCGAACGAUGACUGUCGGAAUUGGGGAAUCCGUCACUAUCAAACUCAGUAAAGGCAGAGAUUAUACCAACUUACGAUGGAGACAAAAUUAUGGUGACGCAAUUCAAAUGUGGAACGGUGAAUCGUCCGUUACGAUUUCAAAUAUACGCGCUAAUGAUGACGGGGUAUAUGAAUGUUAUAACGAUGGCAGUCCCGUUGACAACAACCGCGGAGUAAUGAGACUCAUUGUUAGAGAUUGUCCAUUUCCAAAAUGGAGUCCCCCUGAAUGUGAAAUGGACUGUCCUGUGUGUUAUAACGGUGGAGUUUGUGACGACAAGAAUGGUGUAUGUAUUUGUCCUGCUGGCUUCAGAGGAGAUAAAUGCGAAACAGGUUGUGGGUCAAACAACUGGGGACGUAAUUGCGAUGUCUUAUGUAGUAGUACUGGUUCUAAUAAAGAUGAAGCUUGUAGAGGUGAACUAUUUUGUCCGCCUGAUCCUGUCGGUUGCGCGUGCAUAGACGGAUACGGAGGCAACAAUUGCGAUAGAGCAUGUGAUAGCAGUCACUAUGGUGCAGACUGUCGCCAAGUAUGUCACUGCAAUUCAGGAGGAUGUAAUAGAAAAACAGGGACUUGUUCAUCCGCGUGUUUGGCCGGUUACACGGGACCAGCUUGUCAAGAACUAAUGCCUAAUCAGACCUGUGAGUCUGGUGUUUUUGGUGUCUUGUGUAACUACCCAUGUCAUUGUAAAGACUCGGCUGAUUGUAAUCGCGAUGGGAGCUGCGACAAUGGAUGUCACGAAGCAUGGGCUGGUAAAGACUGCAGCAUAGCACUACCUUACAGUUCCAAACCACCAACACUUUUGAAUCAAACAGCAACCACCCUAAAGAUUGCAGCUUGCAGCUGGGAUCCAGUUCAAGACUUUGGAACAGGAAAUAUAACUGGAUGUAAUUUAUGGUACAAAACAUCGCGGACAAGUGCAUUUAUUACAGUUAAUAACAUUGAACAUGGUGUAUAUACCAUAGACAAUCUCCUGCCACAUACGACUGUUGAAUUCUACACACGACAUUCGAGAUUAAUUGGCGGCAUAGAGACCGAUGGACCACCUAGUGAACAUGGAUCAGCAGAGACUAUUUGUACAAAACCUUUAGAUGAGCCAGAAAUAGAAUUGAAAACAGCUGAUGGUAAUGAGAUAACCCUUUCAAUAAAGCCCGUUUCAAAUUCUCCUGAGAAAAUCCAAUGUGAUGAUAUACUUCGAUAUCAAGUGCGAUACCAAAGCAAAGAUGGGAAUGAACAUGACAUUGUCAACACAACAGACGGUUUGCAAACAGAAGUCAAGAUAUCGGGAUUAUCAAAAUGUGUUGCUUAUGACGUCGAUUCUAGAGUUGUUAAUAACGAAGAGGUUGUCGGAGAUUGGGGUGUACCUGUAGCGGUUCAAACAACACCAUCAGGUUAGAGCCUUACUAUUAGUGAAAAGGUUUAUUAUAAAAAUUAGUAGCAGUAAUAUUCUGUAUUAUUAUUAAAUAUAUUGCAUAGACCCAAUAAUAGGUAAAUGUAGGGUGCUCAUUAUUCUACUGUCAUCAUAUUCUUAAUGUAGGAAUACUGACUGUCCUUGUAGAAUGCAAUAUGCGAUGGUUAAAUAAUCAUAAUCUGGCUUAUACCGUCUUGUAUAUUAUACACCGUAUACAACGAAGUUACAUCAGUUUAAUUAUUAUACUGGAACAGAAUCAAACGCCAAGAACCAGCGUAUAUUUUUUCACCAUUUUAUAACUACGCCAUUUUUUUAAUUCAUCCUAAGAAUGACUGUGAACCAGGAAACAGUGACAUUUCACUGUUCCCUGCUAUAAACACACGCUUUACAU